CUUAAGUGUGAGUGGUUGUGCCAGCCAUGCAGCAAGGCCAAUUUAGUGGCCGAAGCGCAGGUUCUAGCGCCCCCGCUGUCAACCUGCGGUGACAUUGAGGAGGUGUUCACCUGACACGCGACUAGAUCAAAUCUUCCACUGCAGGCCGCUGUUGAUGAAGACGAAGCCCUUUGAGGGUGCAUCGUGAUGACGGCCUACAUGUAAACUUCCACGAUGACGAGGAUAAUGAUGAUGAUGAUGAUGAUAAUGAUGACGUGGACGGCGAUGACGACAAAGCCAUCCUCUCGGUCGGCCUCUCCCGACCGCAACGAAGCAUGUCAGCAUCCGCAGCGCUUGUAAAAGGCGCUUUGUGCAUCCCUAAUCCGCUGUGAUGUCACCGCGCAGGGGGAGGAGCUUCGCUCUCCGAGUUAGCGCGACAACUUGUCGUCGUCUGGACGAUCGAACCGAACCGCAGCGAGCUGAAGGAGCGAGCGGGCACCGUCCGGGAGGAGGCGGCGGGGAUGCAGACGGCCGGAGCCGGACCUCUCCUCCGCUGACACGCAGGGUUCACGUAGGUGAAAGGACUAUGUUUUAAGAAUUGGAGUCAAAUUACCCCAGUAAAAUGAGCCACAAAUACCCGGAAGAGGGGAGUGGGGACGUGGAGGAGGAAAGCCCUGGUGCCUCCGCUUUGCGGAGGGCGAGGCACAAUAAUGGGUCGGUGCCUGGAGAACCUUCUGUACGUCGACCCUGGAGGCCAUGUCAGAUGCUCAGUCAAGAUGGAGAGUUGAAUCCAGAUCAUCAUCAUCAUCAUCACCACCACCAUCUUCAACCUCCUUAUCAUCACCACCCACCUGCAGGUCGUGGUGGUCCACAACGGCAACGCCGGCGUCCACCAUCCGUUCAAGGCCAAAGUCAGACCAAUUUCUCUGGCCCAAACGCAGAGGAUGUUCUCUGUCGCGAAAGUCAAAACACGGAACCCCGUCCUGUCCAGCAGCUUCGGCCCGCUGUCACGCGUUACCGCCGUUGCGGUGACCCGAAUCCGAGGCUCAAAGGUCAAAGACAGAGGCCACCGGUCAAGGAGAUGCAGGAAUCCUUAUCGGUUUCAGACCACCGAGAAGGUCAGACGGAAAUGACAGUGCAGCAAAACACGACAGAUGGUCUUUCAAAGGAGCAAUCACAGGACAGAGGAUCUCACCACCAGACUCCUGUUGCUGUGGUCACCCCAACUCACCUCUCACCAGGACCAAUACGUCUUGACUUCAACCCAGACCUCCAAGAAAGUGCUGCGGUCUGUGGGAAAGAAGUUAAGGAGAAUGAGGAAGCAGGACCUGCGGAGAAUGGUGCAGAUCAGCACCCCAGCACAGAUCUCUCCCGCUGCACCUAUGACAACCUACAGGCAGUUCAAGAUGGAAGAGAGCUAUGUGUCGACAAGGCGGUGGAAAAUCAGGAGGACGAGAUGGAUGGGGGAGUUCUCGAUGUUGAAGCUCAGGGGAGUGAAAUCACUGAUCUCUGCUCAGACACAGAAAGCGCCGCCUCACUCAGUAACGACGGACCUCUCCAUAGCCCACCGCCGCUCCAGUCCCCAACUCCGCCAUCAUCUCCUGAUGCACCGCUUUUCCCACAGCUGGACCACUUCGCCGAGGAAGCCAGUAUGAGCCCUUUGCCCGACAAUGACGCUCUGCCUGAAGAUGACGACGAAUGCUCUGAAUCGCCCCUGGAAUACUACCCCAAAACCUAUGCAGACUUUUAUACAGAGUCCCACCAAAAGUCUUACGUGGAGCCGGUUGAAAAUUCAGAGACAAAAUCUCAUCCCAAAUGUUUUCCGGAACCCCUUAAGACCUCCUACUCUGAAGCACGCCGAGAAGCUCGCAUGCAGUCUCGUCAGAAGUCUGAGCCAUACGAGGCCCAGCAGGGGUCCCACCGUGAGCCAUUUACCAGCCAUAGACAGGAGAAUGUCCAAAAAUCCUCCCCUAUCAAGGGCUCCCAUCAUGCACCAAGGCGGGGCAAAGACCGAAGUUCCCGUCCCUCCCAAGUGGACAGCUCUGUCGGCUGCCGGCUGCACCACUAUGACGGUCAAUCUGACGGAGAGGGGGGCAGUGCUACACAAAGCCCCAUUCAGAAAAGCUUGAGGCCAGCAGAUACACAGACGAAACAUCCAUCGUCUUCGCUGGGCAGCACGAGAGAGACCAAAGAUGAGGUUGGCGUCUCAGCCGAAGAAGGUACAAAGAUCCCGGGAGACGCCAUCAGCCUAGUAAUAAAAGACAUUCGGGAGGCCAUUGAGGAGGUUAAGACCAAGACGAUACGGUCCCCCUACACACCUGACCAGCCCGUGGAACCCAUUUGGGUAAUGAGACAGGAGAUUAGCCCGACAGAGGAAGUCGACCCACUGCAGAUGAUGCCGGGCCAUUCAGUGUCCAGGUCUCCAUCCCAGCAUGCCUCAGUGUCAGAUCAGGAGUCUGGCAGUCCGCUGAAUGUCAAGUCCUCCAGAGCAGGCCACUCCCAACAAUAUCGCGAGCAUCAGCCCCAAGGCCGCCAGUCGCAUCAGAGAGAAUGCGUGCAGCCUAAUCAACCACAGCAACAGCAACAUCACCAACAGAAUCAACAGCAUCUAGCUCAGCAGCCACGACAACAGGUUCAGCAGCCGCCUGGACAAGAGAUUCGCAGAUCUCUUCCUCAAUUUCCCACAUUUGUGGAUGUCCCUGGACCAUGUGACCCUGAUGACCUUAUUGACGGCAUCAUCUUUGCCGCAACUUACUUGGGAUGCACGCACCUGCUGUCAGAGAGGACACCCACAAAGAGCGCCCGCAUGCAACAGGCACAAGAAGCCAUGAACAGAGUGCGGGCAGCUCAGAAGCAGGCAAAGAACAAGAAGAAAAGCCCUGACAGUGAGACUCCAUGUACUGCUGAAGUGGAUCUUUUCAUGUCCACGCAAAGAAUCAAAGUCCUCAAUGCAGAUACUCAGGAGUCUUUAAUGGAUUUGCCGUUGAGGACCAUCUCCUACAUUGCCGACAUUGGCAACAUGGUGGUCCUGAUGGCCCGGGGCAAGAUGGUCCGGUCCCGCAGCAUGCAGGAAAACUUGGAGCACGCCGCCGAGCAAACCACCAUGUCCAAUGAUGACAGACGGCUCUACAGGAUGAUCUGUCACGUCUUUGAGUCUGAAGAUGCCCAACUUAUUGCUCAGUCCAUCGGACAGUCCUUCAGUGUGGCCUAUCAGGAGUUCCUCAGGGCCAAUGGCAUCGACCCCGAGGAUCUGAGUCAGAGGGAGUACAGCGACCUACUCAACACUCAGGACAUGUACAAUGAUGACCUCAUCCACUUCUCCAAGUCUGAGAACUGUAGAGACGUUUACAUUGAGAAGCAGAAGGGGGAGAUCCUGGGUGUGGUGAUAGUGGAAUCUGGCUGGGGGUCCAUCCUCCCUACCGUCAUCAUCGCCAGUAUGAUGCACGCAGGCCCUGCAGAGAAGUCCGGUCGACUCAACAUCGGCGACCAGAUCAUGACUAUUAACGGUACCAGCCUAGUGGGUUUACCUCUCAGCACCUGCCAGAGCAUCAUCAAGGGGCUGAAAUCUCAGUGCAGGAUCAAGAUGAACAUUGUUCGGUGUCCGCCCGUUACCAUGGUGCUCAUUCGCAGGCCGGACCUCAGAUAUCAACUGGGUUUUAGUGUCCAGAAUGGCAUUAUCUGUAGCCUAAUGAGGGGUGGAAUCGCAGAGAGGGGCGGCGUGCGCGUCGGCCACCGCAUCAUUGAAAUCAACAGUCAGAGUGUCGUGGCGACGCCUCAUGAGAGGAUUGUACAGAUCCUGUCAAACGCCAUGGGAGAGAUCCACAUGAAGACGAUGCCUGCCGCCAUGUACCGCCUGCUUACAGCACAGGAGCAACCUGUCUACAUAUGAACACACCUUCACACGCCGCUUCUCCUCUCUCUUCAUCCGGCUUUCACUCCUUUAAAUAGCUUGCACCUCUUCGCAACCUGUUGGACAUCACGCUAAUUGCCUUAAUCUGUACAGUGCACAACAACAUGGACAUCAACAGCGUAACACGUUUGUUUAUUUAUUAUUCAGUUGAGCCACGGGCUCCCGUGAUGUGGUGCAGUAUGUUGGACCAAAGAUAAAAUCAACGGUCUUAUUGUGCACAUGUAGGGCGGCAAACAGAGUAAAUGUUAUUUUUGGUUGAAUAGCUGUAAUAGCUGAAUGUACACUGCAUAACGUUGGACCUUAAUAUUGUCAGGGCAACCCAAAUGUUAAACAAGCAUGUUCAUUUCUGCGAAAUAAACUGAAGGCAAAAACACACACACACACACACACACACACACACACACACACACACACACACACACACACACACACACACACACACACACACACACACAACCGGGUUUGGAUGCAGUCACUAUUUUAAGAUUUCAGUUCAGUUUGAUUGACUCCAUAAACCGGUAUCUGGACUCAGAUUCAUGCUACUUGGGAGUAUUAAUGAUUCCUUUGACAGUGAACACAAACACUCCUCUAGUAACAAAACCAAAACACUGUCAUACAUAUUUAACGUAAACAAAAUAUUUAUUUGAAAUCCCCCAGUGCUGACAACAAAAACUAAAAAAAAAAAAAAAAAGAAAGAAAAACAUACACUUAAAAGAAACUAACAAGCCACCAUGAUUGUCUUCACCCCAUACCAUCGAUUGAUUUGACUUGAGAGAAUAUACAUCACAUCAACAUCAUUUGUCUGAAGCUUGACGACA